CAUGUGUAGGCAUUAGUAAAAACGUCUGUAAUAUAUUGUCUGCUGGAAAAGCUAACGUCAAUGCUAUUUGUUUCGUCAUCUGAACCUUCGUGAACUUUGAAAAGCAAAUAACAGGUGUACACACCUGUCUAACUCGGUCUGGUGCAUAGAAUGUCACUGGGAGUGAGAGGGUUAAUAGCAAACGUUCUAGACAUAUAUGAUACAUGAUGAUCAGGGACUUGCCGAUACAGCCUACCUGGAACAAUGUUCUGGGAACGAGAACAAGGUUGUGGGACAUGUCACGUGAUCACGGAACUGUCGUCUGCGAACUUCAGCGGUCGACAAGAUGUCUGAUGUUAACUGCUGAAAUUGUCGUAUCUAGUCCCUUCCUGGAUCAAGAAGACUAAUUUCAUCUGUCAGAUUAUUGGGCUCACAAAAGCCCACCAAGCUAAGCCCCCAUAGAGAGAAAGAGAAGGAAAAUGGAAGCCGUUGGUCAAACCGAGCUGGACGGACACAAUCACAUCCAUCUAAACGUAGGAGGACAGUGGUAUAGUGUUCCCAAGUGCGUGGUGGGACGUUACAGAGAGUCGAAGCUGCACCAAGCCGUAUUCCGGUAUGGUUCCGAUACUAACGUGUUGUUUGUUGAGGGGGACGGAAGAAUGUUUCAGCACGUGUUGAACUAUUUAACAACUGGGGAGUUAGUGCUGCCCCCACAGUUCAAUGAACACGAGCUGCUCAUACACGAGGCCAGGGAAACAUACGGCAUCAUGUCCCUUGUUGAAAAGCUAGAGAAGGCAAGAAGGAAUAAUUCCUCAGGAGAAAAACUGAAUGAUAGAAGACUUAGGAUAGGACAAGAUAAGUACAGGAGGAGAUUGGAAAUGUGCCCUGAGAUGAAUUCAGACAGACCAUUCCUCACAGACAUUGCUACAUUGCAAAAGUAUCCACUACUCAAGCAGAAUUCGAUUCUAGUUUGGCUUACAGAGAAUGGCUAUGCUUUUAUCCAUUGCAACAAUGAUCAAUUCAGGCACAUAUUGAACUCCUGUCACCAUGGAGUUGGUCUGAUUCCACAAGACCAUUCAGAAGCCAACAGAGCCAUAGAUGAGAUAGGAAGAUAUGGAGUCACUGACAAAGCAAAGUAUGGCAAUACUCAAAGAAAUAUAAAGAAACCUGGGUCCAAACUUGAUGAAAUUGGUCAGGACAUUUGUCCUCCCAUCUUCAUUAUGGCUAUAGAAAUAUUGGAGAGAUUCUACUCCACACAAGAUCUUGGGAGGUUAGAAAUUUCACCCACAAAGGAUGGCAAGGGCCUUGUCGUCCAUGGAUCUGGAAACGUGUUCAUGCAGGCGAGUCAGUGCUUGGGUGUAAGUAGGCUCCUGCUACUUGAAGAGAUGUCUGACUUCCGUGACAUGUGUGAGGCAGUGAAGGUCUCCAAUAUCCCUGCACUUGUUUCUGCUGUGGAAGACUUUCAAAGGUUGUCUCUCUUUGUUCAUCCAGUCAAACAGAGCCAAAAAAGCCAAUGUACUCCACUUGCUACAGAUGGGGUGGUAGAACACAAUGGUGACACUACUAUCCGUUCUUCCUUUGGACCUGAAGUAGUGACUGUUUAUGUAGGAAACCAGAGUUAUGCAGCAAGCAAACACAUGCUAACGGAAGCUGCCAGGCAGUCUAGGAUCCCUGAGUGUGUGGAUAGUGUGCUUCAUCUCAGAGGUGACGGGGAGAUGUUUCGUCACAUCUUAAACUACUUCAGGACAGGAAAACUCAUGUUGCCUCCAGACUUUGCUGAGCAUGAGUUACUCCGCUGUGAGGCAAAUCACUUUGGAGUUUCUUCCAUAGUCUCUAGGCUACAUCAACCAAGUAAGGUCCAAAAGAAAGCCUUUGGUAAAGAGGUAGAGGCAGUUGUUGGGGCAAAAAAACAAAAGAGGGCCAAGAAGAAGAGAAAGCUGUGUAGCUGUCCAGAGUGUUUUUCCACUACAAGCAAUACAGUCCCUAGCAGCAGAGAAUGUUCUGAAAAUCUGUCCCAGUCAGUCAGUAUAGAAUCUGAAAUGGUGCCAAACCAGCAGGACGGGACGGAUGUGCGUUACACGCAAGGUCCCGUUGGGAACAAUGAUGUGCCAAGCAGCAGAAACAGUCCUAGACAUUCAGUCUUCAUUAAGAUGGCUAAGACUGGUGCAGGUAAGACUACCAUCCUACAAGGGUCUCCUUUGUCUGCAACAGGUAAAGAUAAUGGCAGCAAUCAGCAGAAAUUGACGUUUUACCAGGGCAGAGCCUCAGUUUGCCAGGUGGGCACAGAUGGCAGGCUACAGAUAGAGUUGAUACUAUCCAAGCCUAACAAUGGUCAGAAGCCUAACUGCGUUCAAAGAGAGAGCUCUGAUAAGAAUGACAUCACCAAUCAUAAUGGAAACUCCAAAACCUUGAUGGAAUCCAGGGAAUGCUGCCUGCCAUCAGCUUCACAAAGGCUGGUCCAGAUGUCCAAAACAGUGUUGGAGAUGACAAAGACAGACAUUCCAUUAGCCAGGAGACAAUUUUCCACAGAUAAUAUCAUAAAUCACAGCAACUGUUCAUCUCUUUCUCAUCCAGCAAAAAAUGACAGCAAAGUUGCAAUCAAAAGUGAUCACUCGUACUCACAUCCUCCAAGCAAGGUCAACAAAUCAGCCCCAAACAAACCAUCCAGCUUGAAGGGAGCAAUGAAACCGCCCAAGUCCAAACAGAAACAGGUUACAAUGGCAGACCCAAUAGCUGAGAGUCAUUGCUAUGAAUCAACUUCAAACUCCAGUCAAGGUGAAGUUCGGUGUGAAAAAGCUGAGGACUUUGGGUACAUCGCUGUCAUCAAACAUCCACAUGUUCACGGGCAGCAUAAGGAGAAGGGUUCCCCAUACAAACCACUCGCAACAAGCAGGUUGUACGUAGGCACACAGGAUCAUCCCAUAGGAAAUGAUGUAGCAGUAAUGUCACUCUUGAACCACACCCGGCAACUGUGUGUAGACACAACACAGAGAAUCCACUUUGAGAGGGAUAAACCUACUGAAGGAGAGGCAUACCCAGUCAUCACAGGAAAAUUGACCAACCUACCUAAAGAGGAGCAGUUAGAUGUUGAAGGAACUGGCCAUGGAAUGCACACUGUCAGACAAACAGUUGCACACUCAGGCAAUAACAUUACUGCAUAUAGCCAGUCAAGGCCUUGUGCUGUAGCUGAAACAAAUUCAGCAAUGGCAUGUCCAAAUGAAAAACAUUUGGUCAUCGGUUUGGGAUUGGUUAGUAAAAAAGUCCCAAAGACUGCAAAGAGCCCAGAUGCAAGCAUUGAAUCCACACCAAAGGGGAGCAUCCAUCUGAGGAAUCUUACCAAGCUUUGUAGCCAGGUGUCUUGGUUACAUAGUGUUCCACAGCAACCAGACAUCACUGCACAUAGUUCACUCACAGAUAGUUACAACGAGAAAACAGUCUUGGGCAUUUCAGACCUGGAUUCGAUGAAAGAAAAUGCUGACCCAAAUAUUAAACCUACAUUGGAAGUCAGACAUGCUGAAUCAUCAAAAGCUCAAGCUCUGACUUCUGGGGACAUAUCAGUUGGAGUGGCUGGAAGUCCAGCAGAAAGGCAAUCAACUAAGUUGCCUCUGGCUUCAACACCUGUUGAUGAGGGGAACACCCAUCAGAAGUAUAUCCUGCUCCCCCUAUCUGCUAAGGAUGUGGUGUAUGCCAGGAUGUGUCACAGGUUUCUCCUUGGAGUCAUCGAGGAUUCGAAGAAGCUGGGAGAUGUGCCAGAGCUUACAGCAGAGGUAGCCAGACUUGUGCACAGACUCUGGAAUGCCCAUUUAUCACCUUCCACCUUCGUGGACUGCUUGUCUCAGCUGGCACCCUUCAAGUCCCACACCUGUAUGCACCUUACUCCAUGGAUCAAGGUAAGGACACUCAGGUAGUAUGAACCUAAUCCA